AUGCUGAAGUCAGCACCGAAGGAAAGAUCAGCAACAGCCAUCGUUGGGGAAUCCAUCUGGGACGUCCCUGGAGAAAGGACACCAAAGUCUCCAAACGUCCCAGCAAGUUCUAACAACGGCACAUCUGGUUCCCUGCACCGUCCAGACACUAUCGGAGGCCAGGCCUGGAACAGGUGUCGAAGGGACGACACUCAGUUGGGGUUGCCAAACAUCGGCAACACUUGCUACAUGAAUGCAACGCUGCAGUGUCUGUUCGGCCUCCACCAUUUCAUCAAUGAGAUCAGGAGGCCAGGUGUCUGGAGGCCGGAGCUUGGGAGCCACCUUUUCAAGUCACUUUCAGAUGUGCACUCGGCACGGGCCAGUGGUAAUAUGCACCACAAGGCAGAACUGCUGAGGACCUUCAAGAUGGCUGUGGCGAACGGCUUUGGAGAUUUCAGUGGGGACGAGCAGCAGGAUGCACACGAAUUUUUAAGUGUGCUCCUGUCCCAACUGAAAGAAGAGUGGGAGUCCUUGAAGAGGAGAGGUGCCCUGGAUGCCCAUGCCUGCCCUGUGGAAUCAAAUUUUGAUUUCCGCUUGCAGGUUACAAGAACCUGCUGUAGGUGUGGGGCACAGGUGUUCAGGACAGAAGUCUAUAGCCACCUGUCCCUGGACAUUGUGCCCCAGGGCACACUCCUGGACAGCCUAAGACACUAUUUCAAGCCGACGCAGGUGGAGUGCAGAUGUGAGAGGUGUCCUGGGCAGCAGGCCUCUGUCAGUGUGAAGCUCUUGUCCCUCCCUCGCGUACUGGUGAUACAGCUCAAACGUUUCAGCAUGGACAGCAGCUGGAACUUAACAAAGCUGGAAAACAGAACGCAGAUCCCCCAGGAGCUUGCCCUAAAUCUGCACUGUGUGCAGAAUAUCGAGGCUCCACAUGAGGUGGACAGAACAGCAGGUGACAGCAUUGGACCUCUAGACGGCCUUAGCGAGGAGGAGCAGAUAAAGCUGGCCAUUGAGCUCAGCUUGAAGGGCUCUGCCCCUCCUCCAGCAGUACACGAUCAGGGCCGUAUGGGACAGGGAGAGAAAACAGGAGCUCAGGACCAUCGUUACACGGUUAAGAGCAUCCUGUCCCACCUUGGCCAGAGCACGACUUGCGGUCAUUACGUCAGUGACAGCGCGGAUGGAGACAGCUGGCUGACGUUCGAUGACCGCACGGUCAGGAGGUCCUCCCAGGAGAACGUGCUGCAGCUGAGGGAGAAGAGCGCGUACCUGCUCUUCUACGUCUACAGGUAG